AUGGCUCCUCGUCCUUCACUCCAGAGCCCAGGAAAAAUCGAGGGUACCUGGCAACCGCUCGCCUUUUUCAGCCGCCAGCUUGUCCCCAGGGAGCGUAAAUACAGCACCUUUGACAGAGAGCUGCUCGCUGUUUGGUUGGCAAUCCGCCACUUCCGCUUCGUCCUGGAGGGCCGUGAGUUUACGGUUUUUGUUGACCACAAGCCCCUUACGGCGAUCGUUGGUGCGGUCCAGCUCGGACUAGACUACGCGCGUAUGGGUGCAGACCAGGCCGCAGACCGCACCCUUCAGUCCCUCAAGGACUCGGACACUGGACUGCAGCUGGGAAAGGUCGCGGUCGGCGCUUCUGGGACAGGACGACGCGCUGGCCUGAGGGCUAUUACCCUCGCCUCUAUCACGUCUGCCGAUGUGGCUCGGGCGUUCAUUGGCACAUGGGUUUUGCGUUUCGGUACGCCCUCUGAUCUAUCCUCUGACCGGGGUGCGCAGUUUACCUCGGAGAUCUGGAAUGCUGUGGCGGGGGGUUUGGGUGUCAAGUUGCACCGCACCACCGCAUACCACCCCCAGGCUAACGGACUGUGUGAACGAUUCCACCGCUCUAUAAAGGCUGCCCUUCGGGCCAGCCUGACGGACGGCAACUGGGUGGACAAACUGCCCUGGUUCAUGCUUGGCCUUAGGACCGCCCCCAAGGAGGAUCUGCAGUCCUCGUCUGCCGAGCUUGUUUACGGCCAGGCUUUGCGGGUGCCUGGGGAUUUUAUACCGGAUGCUACGAGACCUUGGUCUGCUACUGAACAGCGGUCCUCCCUGCGGGAGGUGGCCAUGGGGUUUGCGCCUGUUCCUAGGUCGCAGCACUGCUCCCCUGAGUCCCGGAUGCCCGCUGGCCUCCGCUCUGCGUUGUUUGUUUUCGUCCGCCACGACGCCCACCGUGGACCGCUGCGUCCCCCUCAUGACGGCCCGUUUAAGGUUUUGCAGCAUGGGGACAAGAGCCUGGUCGUGGACAUUGGGGGUAGACCUGAAACUAUUUCCGUUGAUAGGAUCAAGCCUGCUCAUGUGGACAUUUCCAGACCGUUGGUGUUGGCCCAAGCCCCACGCCGCGGACGCCCCCCAGUACUUUGUCCCCCUGGUCAGUCGGGAGUUCCUUCGACCGGGACGGUGCCGGCUGCGUCCCCCGCUUCCCUCCCCUCAGCCCCUGCCACUUGUACUCGGAGUGGUCGGGCCAUCAUUCCAUUCCGGAGUGGGGAUUUUGACUAUGGUUGA